AUGAAGAUCUUAUUCAUCAACCACAAGUUGCUGAAGUCCAUCUGGAGUAGCAGAUUUGGUAGAUCGGUGCCCCAAGCCGUGAGGCUGUUUACCUCUCUCAAUCUUUCGGAGUUUGAAGCCAUUAAUCGCGGGGACAAAGAAGUGCCGAAGUACUUUAAUUUUGCGAGUGAUGUGCUGGAUAAAUGGUCUAAAAUUGAAAAGGACGGAGGGAGACCCUUCCACCCAGCUCUCUGGUGGAUCGAUGGAAAAGGAGGAGAAGUGAAAUGGGACUUUGAAAAACUGGGCUUUGUCUCCAGGAAAGCGGCCAACGUACUCACGGGACCCUGUGGCCUGCAGAGAGGAGACCGAGUGAUCCUCAUUCUGCCUCUCCCAGAGUGGUGGAUGCUAACCGUGGCAUGUAUCAGAGCAGGCAUCGUCUAUCCAGGGACCCCACAGCUGACAGCUAAAGAUAUCCAGCACAGGCUCCAGGUUUCCAAAGCGAAAGGCAUCAUCACGAAUGAUUCGCUGGCCCCUGUGGUGGAGACCGUUUCUUCGUCUUGGCCUUCUCUGCGAGCCAAGUUGUUGAUUUCUUGAAAGCGGCGAGAAGGAUGGCAGCAUUUCAAGGAGUUGUGGCAGGCAGCUCCUUCCAGCCACAACUGUGUUCAAACCCGGAGUGAUGAUCCAAUGGUUACCUUCUUCACCAGUGGAACCACGGGUUCUCCAAAGAUGGCUGAGCACUGUCAAACCAGCUUAACCUUGGGCUUAGCUUUAGUGGGAAGGUAUUGGCUGGACUUCAAACCUUCCGAUGUCAUAUGGAACAUGUCAGAUACUGGUUGGGUGAAGGGCACUAUGGGAAGUAUCUUCGCCCCUUGGCUUCGUGGGACCAGUGUCUUCAUACACAGCAUGACACAGUUUGACCCAAAGGAGGUCCUAAAAACUCUUUCCACGUACCCAGUGACAACCUUGUGCACCGCUCCGACAGCCUACCGCAUGCUGGUGCAGGAGGACCUCAGCAGCUACACAUUCAAGAGCCUGUCUCACUGUUUGACUGGAGGGGAGCCAAUGACCCCGGAAGUGAUUUCCCAAUGGAAAGAAACCGGGAUGCAAAUCUACGAAGGAUAUGGACAAACGGAAGUGGGGAUGAUAACAGCCAACGAGAAGGGGAAGCCAGUUAAACCAGGAUCCAUGGGGACCCCGGCUCCACCUUACGACGUCCAGAUUGUCGAUGAAGACGGCAAGAUUUUGCCCCGUGGAGGAGGAGACAUUGCUAUCAGGAUAAAACCCAAGCGUCCCUUUAGCUUCUUCUCCCACUACGUGGACAGCCCAGAAAAAAAUGCAGCAGUUGUCCGGGGAAACUUCUACAUCACUGGUGACCGAGGCUGGAUGGAUGAAGAUGGCUACUUCUGGGUUAUUGGAAGGUCCGAUGAUGUCAUCAUCUCCUCAGGAUACCGCAUUGGGCCUUUUGAAGUGGAAAGCGCCUUAAUUGAACACCCAGCAGUGGUCGAAGCAGCUGUUGUCAGCAGUCCAGAUAUCGUCCGCAGGGAGGUGGUGAAAGCAUUUGUGGUUUUGUCUCCUGAGUUCGCAUCACACAACCCAGAGAGAUUAAUUCGGGAAUUGCAAGAUCAUGUCAAGAAAGUGACAGCCCCAUACAAGUAUCCCAGAAAGGUGGAAUUCGUUCAAGAACUGCCCAAGACCAUCAGUGGCAAAAUCCGAAGGAACGAACUGCGAAAACGCGAAUGGGGACAAAUUUAA